GAAGAAGAUGGUGAUUCGUGCUCACAUCAAGCACAAUUAGCAGGUUAUUUAUUUGUGUAAAUCAUUUGUUCUCUCUAUCUUAAGAAAAACAUGAAAAAUAGACUCUUGCUUUGACUUUUAUUGAUCCACCAGAAGGAAUGAUGAUUCCUAAAUGCGACGAUUAUCUGCAUAAACGUGAAUAUUGGAAACAAUGGGUGAAUCCAGCGUGAACAGCACUAGAUAAACUGGGAGUCAACAAAGGAGUCUGUUUUACAGAAUUAUUUGAAGUCCUCAAAGAUGUCCAAAGUUGAGCGUCUGAAUGUCCGAGUGGAAAAACUGCUGUGUAAAGCGGUGCAGGAGGUUCUGGAGGCUGUGAGAGAAACUGUGUCAGAGUACCAGGAGAAAACCGCCAGAACCCAGAGAGAGAACCAGAGUCUGCGGAGGAGGCUGCAGGAGCUCCAAGACAAGAUAAACCUUGAGAGCACUGGAACAGUGCCACAAACGUCCCCUGAAUCCAAGCAGGCCGAGGUGGAACCAAAAGAAAAGCUGGAAGGCAACAUAGAAGUCAUCCCUUCUGACAAGGUCGCUUCAGUAAUUUACCCCUCAGAUGAACGUAAAGACGAUGAUGCACCCAUUCCAUCCUUAGGUUCUCCAUGUCUCUCCCCUAAAGGUGCAACAGGACCUCAUGACAACUCUGACAACACUAUAAAUCUUAAAACAGAGACCGUUAAAGGACAAUCAACACCAGUUUUAGACCAUGUAGAACCCAUUAUUGCACUAUCGAUCCCUGAAAAUGAUCAGAAAAUGAAAGUAGAGCGUGCAUCAGAAGAAAGUGGAUUGCGCAUUGUUAAUUAUUUUUACAACGGGGCACCAACAAGCACCGCAUCUUUAAACCUAGAACCUCCUCAAGCCGCUUUCGGACUCUACAACGAGCCUGGAGUGGCCUUCAGCGUGGAUCAAAAUUGCAGCGAUGGUGGAGCACACAAACAGAACAAUGCGCAAACAAGCACAAAGGUGGGAUUCUCCGGCUCGACGGCAUUUCAGAGAAGCGUCAGGAAACACUACUGCUGCUCGCUGUGCGGUCGCACCUUCAGGCACGCAGGCGACUACAAGAAACACAGCAGGGUGCAUACGGGGGAGAAACCGUACUGCUGCUCAGUGUGCGGGAAGCGCUUCAGCCAGUCGGGCUACCUGACCGUACAUCUGCGCUACCACACCGGAGAGAAACCGUUUGGCUGCAGUCACUGUGGGAAAAGCUUUAGUCACUCGAGCAACAUGAAGAAACACCAGCAAACCCAUCUGUGAAUCUGCUGUUGUUGAUUUUUAGGCAAGGUAACAGAAUGGUAACUACAAAUUUUGGAAUUCAGCUGAGUUUAAGUCCAUGAAAAAGUAGCUGUGCCUACUUUUGUCUGUAUUAUAGAGCACCUGUCACAUUCCUGUUGUUCUGCCUUACUGUUAUAUGUCAGAUUUUAAUGUGGUACUUACAGGAUUCAGCUUGUACAAAGUUUGAAUCUCUCACCCUUACAAUCUCAGCAUAGCUUUGAGCAAACUUGUAUGUGAGAGCCGGUGUAUUGAGAAGUGCUGAGUUUGCCCUGCUGCUAUUUUAAAGUUGAUAAGUCUCUGGACAACGGAGCAUUAUUGAAUUGAAUGUGUCUGGUCCUUUUAACAAGCACCUGCAGUGUUUUUUGGAGAAGCAUCAGACAGCAGUUGCUGGUUGGUGUCAGAAUAACAGCAGGUGGUAGUUUGUAGGUGGUUUAUUGACAAAUCCGAUAAGAGAAGCUUACAGGCCGGAUGGCAGGCGAGCAGGCAAACAGAAGCAGAGAGCAAAGCAGAGGUCAUUAGGAGGCAGGCAGAGGGGAAAAAAGCACAGAAAGAGGAAGAGAAGUCCACUAAACAAACGAAUAAAGAGGAGAAAUGGAGAACCGGCUCCUCUUCUUCUUUAUCAGUUUUUACAUCCUCGAUCUAUGUCGUCACAUCUUAGUUCUUCUCACCUGAAAUCUGAGGCCACAAAGAGGCAAAAGGAGAGAAGAGUGGAGACGGCUGGCAUCAGAUUAAUAUGAAACAACGGCAUCAUCUGUCUUUUUAUGUAUUGUAUUUUAUGAUCUCUAUGAGAUGAUCAAAGUGAUGUUCAUGACAUUUUUUAUAUAUCACUUUCAAUAAAUGUACUUUAUAAUGUGGAA